ACGGGUUUAUGGAAGUUUUAUGACAGUCGCCUGACCGGAUGGAAAAGUUGUCGGUUUUUCCGUUAUUUUUGUUUGUGAAGGUUUUUGGUAGCUUCAGUCUUUCCGUAAACAUUUAACCACACCAGUGUUUUAUAAAGAUUUUGAAUACACUAAGCCGUUAUAAUGCAUGUAUGAAGCUGAAUUGCAGCUCGGGGGAACGUGCUGUUUUUAUUUGCGCUCUGUAAAAGCUCCAGCUGCAGCUCCGAGUCUCCGGUUCUGACCCAGGAGACUUCUCCAGCUUCAUCUCUCAGUCAGUAGGAUUCGGUUCCUGAGCCAUGGGGAACCGCGGGAUGGAGGAGCUGAUUCCUCUCAUCAACAAGCUCCAGGACGCGUUCAGCUCCAUCGGGCAGAGCUGUAAUUUGGACCUGCCGCAGAUCGCGGUGGUCGGCGGGCAGAGCGCCGGGAAGAGCUCCGUGCUGGAGAACUUCGUCGGGAGGGAUUUUCUUCCCCGAGGUUCUGGUAUUGUUACUCGUAGACCCCUCAUCCUUCAGCUGGUCAACCAUAAAGCAGAGUACGCCGAGUUCCUGCACUGUAAAGGUCGGAAGUUUGUCGACUUUGACGAGGUGCGGCUGGAGAUCGAGGCUGAGACGGACCGCAUCACCGGCUCUAAUAAAGGAAUCUCACCCAUUCCCAUCAACCUGAGAGUGUACUCUCCGAAUGUGCUGAAUCUGACUCUAAUUGAUCUUCCCGGUAUGACGAAGGUCGCCGUUGGCGACCAGCCACAAGACAUCGAGUUCCAAAUAAGGGACAUGCUGCUGCAGUUCAUCACGAGGGACAGCUGUCUGAUUCUGGCCGUCACUCCUGCCAACACCGACCUUGCCAACUCCGACGCGCUCAAGAUCUCCAAGGAGGUCGACCCCCAGGGUCUCCGCACCAUUGGUGUGAUUACCAAACUGGAUUUGAUGGAUGAGGGGACGGAUGCCCGAGAUAUCCUGGAGAACAAACUGCUGCCUUUACGUAGAGGCUACAUUGGCGUGGUGAACCGCAGUCAGAAGGACAUCGACGGCAGGAAGGACAUCCGCGCUGCUCUGGCAGCAGAGAGGAAGUUCUUUCUGUCUCACCCUGCGUACAGACACAUGGCCGAGAGGAUGGGAACACCAUACCUGCAGAAAACACUCAACCAGCAACUGACAAAUCACAUCCGAGACACGCUGCCCAGUCUGCGCAGUAAACUGCAGAGUCAGCUGCUCUCUCUGGAGAAGGAGGUGGAGGAGUACAAGAACUUCAAACCCGAUGACCCAACACGCAAAACUAAAGCCCUGCUGCAGAUGGUGCAGCAGUUCGGCGUGGACUUUGAGAAGAGGAUCGAGGGUUCUGGUGAUCAGGUGGACACUCUGGAACUUUCUGGAGGAGCUCGAAUCAACCGCAUCUUCCACGAGCGCUUCCCCUUCGAACUCGUCAAGAUGGAGUUUGAUGAGAAAGAACUGAGGAGGGAAAUCAGCUACGCAAUUAAGAACAUACAUGGCGUGAGGACGGGUUUGUUCACCCCUGACCUGGCCUUCGAGGCCAUAGUGAAAAAGCAGAUCAUUAAGCUGAAGGAGCCAUGUCUCAAAUGCAUCGACCUGGUCAUCCAGGAGCUCAUCAACACAGUCAGGCAGUGCACUACGAAGCUGAGUUCAUAUCCUCGACUGAGAGAGGAGACCGAGAGGAUCGUCACCACCUACAUCAGAGAGAGGGACAGCAAGACUAAAGACCAGGUGAUGCUGUUGAUUGACAUUGAGCUCUCCUACAUCAACACCAACCAUGAGGACUUCAUCGGUUUUGCGAACGCCCAGCAGAGUUCCGCUGUCACCAAGAAGAGAGCCGUUCCCAACCAGGUGAUCAGGAAGGGUUGGCUCACGAUCAACAUCAGCAUAAUGAAGGGCGGCUCUAGGGACUACUGGUUCGUCCUGACCGCCGAGUCGCUGUCCUGGUACAAGGACGAGGAGGAAAAAGAGAAGAAGUACAUGCUCCCUCUGGAUAACCUGAAGAUCAGAGAUGUAGAGAAAGGCUUCAUGUCCACCAAACACACCUUUGCUAUCUUUAACACUGAGCAGAGGAACGUGUAUAAAGACCUGCGUCAGAUCGAGUUGGCGUGCGACUCUCAGGAGGACGUGGACAGCUGGAAGGCCUCGUUCCUGCGAGCAGGAGUGUAUCCCGAGAAGGACCAGGUGGAGAACGGUGAGGGGGCUCCAGCAGACACCUUCUCCAUGGACCCUCAGUUGGAGAGACAGGUGGAGACGAUCCGGAACCUGGUCGACUCCUACAUCGGGAUCGUCAACAAGAGCAUCCGGGACCUCAUGCCCAAGACCAUCAUGCACCUCAUGAUCAACAGCGCAAAGGAGUUCAUCCACUCCGAGCUGCUGGCGUUCCUGUACUCGAGUGCGGAUCAGAGCGUGCUGAUGGAGGAGUGUGCCGAUCAGGCUCAGCACCGAGAAGAGGUGUUGCGGAUGUACCACGCCCUUAAAGAGGCCCUCAGCAUCAUCAGUGACAUCAGUACCACCACCAUUUCCACCCCCUUGCCCCCACCUGUGGACGACACCUGGAUCAACACGGAGGCCGGUCCUCCUGCUCAGAUGAAGCCUCCAAGCUCCGCCCCUCCUCCUGGUCGUCCUCCUGCAGUGAGGGGUCCCACCCCCGGUCCUCCCCCAGGCUCCGCCCUUCCACCAAUGGCUCCGCCAAUUCCAUCUCGGCCCGGUCCACCACCUGUGAAUGCUUAUGACCCAAGCUCCGCCCCUCCACCACAGAUUCCUUCUCGACCUGCCCGAGUGCCCCCUUCCAUACCACCUGGAAUCCCCAGCAGAAGACCUCCAGCAGCUCCAAACAGACCUACCAUCAUCCGCCCGUCUGAGCCGUCCCUGCUCGACUGAACACGUAUACACACGCGUACAAAGAUAAAACGAUACGGCGUGUGUGUACGUGUGUACUCACAUAAGGCUAUCCAUCCCUCAUUCAUCAUGCUAACAGGAAAACACUCGGUCACGUUAUCGUAAACACGAACUGAUUCGGAGGUCCGUCGAGGCCACGUUAUUAUUGUCUGUGUUCCAUUUUCUCAUCAUCUAUUUCAGGAAUAACACACACAACAACUAUGCUAGCUAGCUAGCUAUCUAAUGCUAAUUCUAUGUUAACACCAACUAGGAUCGAUUUGAGGAAUUUAAUUUACGUAAAAAGUAAAAAUAAAAAAAUAAAAACGUAACAGAUUUACUUGACUGAAGGUGUAGAUGUAUUUGACUCGAGCACGUUUUAAUAGUCAUAUCCCAGCCACGGCGUUCAAAACAGUCAUAUCUGAUGAAUCCGUAUUGAAAAAGUCAUUGUUUUCUGUUUAAUUGCUACAGUUUAGUUUUUUUUUUCGGACAGUUAUCGUGUACCUGCUUCCUAACACGUGAUAAAGGAAACGAACAUGUUUACAGGUAAAAUGUUUAUAGUUAUCUCCUGGCCGAAAAAGGGUGCUAGGUUUCUUCUAAUAAGGUUUUCGCUAAUAAUCAGUUGUACGAUAUUUGCUAAUAUAAUAUACCUUGCUUAAUGCUAACAUGCUAACACUAAAUUAGGGACCCAAACUGGAAAGUAUGUUCUUUUAAACAGUGCCUUAAUUACGACAAUAAUUAUUGUACGAAUUUCUAUGCACUUUGAUGCGCAUCAUACAGUACGCUCUAACAACUAUGCUGAGGAAGGGGGGUGCAAAAACUUAUAUUUUGGGGUUAAUUUCCUGCUAAAAGCUGCAAGUAAAUGAGAUUAUAAUGUAAUGGAUUAUGAAAUCAGUUUAGAAUUGAAUCUGUUUGGCGAGUGCAAUACGAUCCGUUACAGCUACGAAACCUAAUUUACGCCUUUACCUCUUCGUGUUUUGAGUUUUCAAGUUGCGUUUACGAAUCUGCGAUCACACCGCCAGAGCACGUGAUUACAACAUGCAACUUUAAAGCUGUAACAAUUUCGACAGAGAGAGAGCGCGAGUGAGAAGGGGGCGGGGCCACGCGUGCAAAUAAUUGUGCAGAGCUUCUACGAGUCGUGAUUACAAAUUGUAACUGGUGGUGGUGUGUGUGAACUGAACGCGAGUAUCGAUUUAUCAGUGCCGCAUCAGAUAUGCGCAUCAGAUUUACAAAACGGAUCAGGUUUGAUUGAGAAUCGUUAAAGCAGCGCUUCAUCUUUGUGUGUGCAAUUACAGGAGCUAACACGCUAACACACCAGCCACGCGCUAAGGUUAGAUAGUUAACUAGCUUUGUGUUUUGGGAGAAGACCCGAGCGGCGUUAUUGUCAUUAUUAUAAAACUGAAAUAACACACACUCUGACUCUGUCUGUGAUUUUUAACUCGUAUUUCACUGCCGUGGGUUUUUAAGAACGGAACAGGAUAUUAGAUUAGCGAUGUUAAAACGGAUAUUUUACUUUUACUUUACUUUAUUACUCCGCCUUCAUUUUCUUAUAUAUAUAUAUAUAUAUCUCAGUAGUUAUACGUAUAAGUUAUAUAUAGCUCAAUUUUGCGAUUGUCUUGUGCAUGCAUUUAUUAUUAUUAUUAUUAUUAUUAUUAUUAUUAUUAUUUUCAGCCUGAACACAUCCUGUAGCUGUUAUUUUUAUUGUUGUUAUCUUUUUAUUUUUUGCAUUAUUAUUAUUUUUUAUGAAUAUUUUGUAUUUUGACCAUGUGUGCCUUGUUCUGACGUUUUAAGUGCCUGCUUUAUAACGGCGUUCCUCAGUGAUGCAGAUAAAUGCAAUGAUUAAAAAAAAAACAGAAUGAGAAAUGAAUAAAAAAGGGAAUUAAACUCA